CUCGGCUGGGUUCACAGGGAGGCCCGCACCCAGCGUCAACAUCGAGUCCAGGAGUGACUCCUCGUUGCGGAUCCAGUGGAGGCUGGAAAUACGUCGUUCCAGCUCAGCGAUAGUUUUGGAUUUUUUGAGGCAGCUGUUGCACUCGUGUGAGGAGGUGAGUGUUUCCAUGGUUUAAGGUUCAGUGAGCAGAGGUAAGCAGCUUUAACCGCCGGCUACAUAAAAACCGGCGAAUCAGUUCAUUUAAAAGCAGCUUAAAAUCCGAUUUAAAAUUCUUGGCCCGGUUAAAAGAUAGAGUAAAAAAUAAAUAAAUAAAACAACUGAAUCCAAUGAUUGUAGCACAGUUUUUGUGAGAUUUUGGGCAAAGUUUUCGAGAGCUGUCAAAACCGGCGUCUGCUCACCAACCGGCGUCACACACAGGAAGUCUAGUUUGAUUUAGUAAGAAGGAUAGGCGUUAAUAAGCUCUUGCUUCAGCCUAUGCCUUUUCGGUCCGGUUUUCUUUUCUUGUAAUUUACUGUAUUUAUUGAAUGGAUAUGACCAGAUCGAAAUAAACUUCAAAACUCAAACCCCUCAGAACAUGAGCACAUAUUCUCUGCCUGCUUUUUAUCAAAGUGUUUUUAAGGUUUGGAGCCUGCUGAUGAAGGAGAGGAGGGGCCAGGUGGACUCUACACACUGGCUCCUGCAGGAACCGGUCCUGUGGGGGACUUGUUUAGACCUUCCUAGCUGGGCAGGUCAGAGUCUGGAGAAAAGACUGCAGACGGCGGGGAUUGUCACUCUGGGGCAGGUGGUGGAGCUGACGGGACCCCGAAUGGACGACCCCGAAUGGACGACCCCGAAUGGACUCGCUGCCCGGCUAGGACUUUCAUCGAUGAGGGUCACACAAAAACUCUUGGACCACUGGAGACAGAGACUCACAGGACAUGACCUCCUGCUUUUAAACUCCCCUUUUAACCAGACAGUGACUGAAGAAGACCCCUUUCCUGCCAUCUUCCUGGCACCGGAUUUUAAAGACUGUUCUGGCCCGCUGUUGGAUUUUAACCACCCUGCCCCUUUGGAGGGCACACCAGGAAAAACAAAAUCAUGGUAA